UCGGGCCUCGAGCAGGUUGUCGGGCUGUGGCUGGGCCCGAUGGCGAGGGAAAGGUCGCCGGCGGCGCCGUCGGAGCGACUCUCUGGUUGGAUGGACGGUUGUGCGAAGCCGCCGUCAUGCCGCCGCGACAGGAGGAUUCGCCACCAGCGCCGCUGCUGUGCAGCGGGAUGGGGGGCUGGGGUGCUCCGCCGUGAGGUGGUGGGCGCCGGUGGUGCUGUCCGACGAACAGGGGCCGGGGGCAGCGCGGCCGUCUUCUACAUCGUCCACCGGCGCCGCCCCGGUCAGAUGCCUCAUCGUUGUUAGCCCUUCACCAGUACUGGUGUACAGCAAGUUGCUCGAGAGGAGCCAAAGCAGGACCCAACAUCCAUCCACCUUAAAGCAGAAACGCAGCAAACAUGGCGAUGGUCCUGGAUGCUUUUGCAUCCUAUGUGCUAAACAUGCUAACGGAGAUGGCGAGGGAAGAGGUGCACAUGCUGCUUGGAUUCAGACGGGAGAUCGACAAGAUGGACAUUAAACUUAGGGACCUCAAGAACUUCCUCGCCGACGCUGACAGGAGAAACAUCACCGACAAGAGCAUGCAAGAGUGGGUGGGCGAGCUCAAGCGUGCCAUGUACGAAGCUGCUGAUAUACUCGACCUCUGCCAGCUCAAGGCCAUGGAGCGCCGUUCGUCCACUCUAGAUGUGGGGUGCUUCAACCCCUUGCUCUUUUGCAUGCAGAAUCCCUCACAUGCCCAUGACAUCGGCACCCGCAUCAAGGCACUCAACAAGAGGCUUGACACCAUCAAGGAGCGAAGUGCUGCUUUCAGCUUCAUCAAUAUUGGUGCAUAUGAAGAUCGUAGCAGCAAAGUGCACGUCACUCGUUCUGCUAAUCCCAACCGUGAGACGACAGGGGAAUUUGACCGGUCGGGUGUAGUUGGGGAGAAGAUCAAAGAAGACACAAGAGCGCUGGUUGAGACCAUGUUAGCUGAAAAAGAGGGCAACACCAACAUCAUGGUCGUGGCCAUUGUUGGUGUCGGCGGGAUUGGCAAGACUACUCUUGCCCAGAACGUCAUCAAUGAUGAAACCAUGAAGGCCGAGUUUGACAACACAAUAUGGUUAAGCAUCAACAAGGACUUUGACAAAGUUGAGUUACUAAGGACAAUCAUCACGCUCGCCGGGGGUGUACAUGGAGGUGAAAAGGCAUUGGUUGUGCUUCAGUCAGUCCUCACCACUGCCUUGAAAGGAAAGAAAUUAUUCCUGGUACUAGAUGAUGUAUGGAACCAUGGAGCGUGGGGUGAUGUGCUUAAAACUCCCUUGGAUAAUGUUGUGGCUCGAGGUAGCCGAGUCCUCAUCACUACUAGAGAUGAAAAAGUAGCCCGAGGGAUGAAAGCUGAGCUUCCCUACCACCAUGUCGACAAAUUAGAGGAGGAGGAUGCCUGGUCAUUGCUCAAGAAACAGAUAGUCUCAAGCGAGACAAAUGGACAUGAAAUUGAUAUGCUCAAGGAUAUUGGAUUGCAAAUUAUUGCAAAAUGUGAUGGUUUGCCUCUUACUGUCAAAGUAAUGGGAGGACUCUUGUGCCAAAAGGACAAUAAGCACCGUGACUGGGAGAUGGUUCUGGAUGAUUCUAUAUGGUCAGUAUCUGGAAUGCCCGAAGAGCUAAACCAUGCAGUCUAUUUAAGCUAUGAAGAUUUACCUUCCAGCAUGAAACAAUGCUUUCUAUGCUACUCCCUUCUCCCCAAAACUGCAUUGUUCAAAAGAGACAACAUAAUUGGCAUGUGGAUUAGUGAAGGAUUUCUUCAGGGAACCUCAGAUGACUUGGAAGAACUAGGUAGAAAGUACUAUAAGGAGCUGAUACUAAGAAACCUUAUAGAGCCAAAUGUAGAGUAUGUUGAUCAACGUGUUUGCAACAUGCAUGACGUUGUGCGCUCAUUCGCUCAAUUUGUGGCUAGAGAUGAGGCACUAGCCGCUCACAGCAGUGAAACAAAUAUUGUUAGUAAACUCAGUGCACAGAAGUUUCUUCGAAUAUCUCUAGAAGGCAAAGUAUCAGAAUCAGAUGGGUUGGACUGGGGUUCUUUGCAACCACAAAAGACACUGAGGACACUAAUAUCAGUUGGCAGUAUAAAUAUGAAGCCUGGUGAUUCGCUUGUUCAUUUUCCAUGUCUACGAACUCUACAUACAAAUUCUGCACGUAUUGUUGCAUUGGUUGAAUCUGUGCAUAAACUCAAGCACCUGAGGUACUUGUCCUUAGAAAACUCUGAUAUAUCUAGUCUUCCAGAUAGCAUUGGAAAGAUGAAAUUCUUGGAGUACAUUAACCUUACAGGAUGCCAACAGUUUGUUAAACUACCAGAUAGCAUUGUAAAGUUAGGGCAUCUAAGGUAUCUUAACUUCAAUAGCACAAGUAUAAAUGGCAUACCUAAGGGAUUCCGUGAUCUGACAAAUCUGAGGAUAUUACGUGGGUUCCCAGCUAGGGUAGAUGGUGAGUGGUGUAGUUUGGAUGAGUUGGGCCCUCUUUAUCGGCUCAAGCAUGUUGGAAUACAAGGGUUGGAGAAUGUAACUGCUUCCUCGUCCGCAACAAAGGCAAAGCUUAGUGAGAAGGUGCAUCUUACGAACCUAUACUUAACAUGCAGUAGUAUAUUGGGGGACAAUGGACUGAUUGAAGAGGAAGUGCACCAGCGAAUUGAGGUGGUGUUUAAUGAGCUCUGCCCUCCGCCAAGGUUAGAAUUUCUUUCCAUUGAAGGAUAUUUUGGCCGACGGCUCCCAAGGUGGAUGAUGUCAUCAGAUUUGCCCCUCAAUAGCUUGAGGAUUUUGUUCAUUUGCGACCUGGCUUGCUGCACACAGCUUCCUGAUGGCUUGUGCCAACUCCCUUAUUUGGAGUUCAUUCAGAUCAACCGUGCUCCAACCAUCAAGCGUGUUGGACCUGAAUUCAUGCAGUCCUACCAUCACCAUAGUCCUCGUACUUCCCAAAUGGUGGUUGCAUUUCCGAGAUUGCGUGAUAUGGAUUUACUAGGAAUGGUGGAAUGGGAGGUGUGGGAGUGGGAGGAGCAAGUGCAAGCUUUUCCUUUCUUGCAUGAACUCAGGCUAAGCCACUGCAAAUUGAAGUGUCUUCCUCCUGGCCUUGCCUCCCAGGCAAGGGCUUUGAAUAAAAUGUCCAUACAAUCUAUCCAGGGUCUCAUCUCUCUAGAGAAAUUUCCAUCUCUGGUUGAGCUGUUCCUGGAUGACAAUCAUGACCUGGAGAGGAUCACUAAUCUUCCCAGACUGCAGAAGCUUACAAUUGAAGAUUGCCCAAAGUUGAACGUGUUGGAGGGUGUUCCUGCACUCCAGGGGCUCUCUCUCAGAGAUAAAGUCAUGGAUGCACUCCCAGAAUACAUGGGACGUAUAAACCCAAGGUAUUUGGAGCUACAAUGCAGCAUAGCACUGCUCGCUUCCAUAGCCACAACACAAUCUGGCCCUGAGUGGGACAAGUUCAGCCAUAUUGAGCAUGUCAGGGCAUAUGCAUGUGGAGGUGAUAAUCCAAGGAAAUGGUACGUCUUGUACACAGCUAACCCCUACAACUUGGAGACAAAUGUCAGCCUCUCUUUCUUGUCCAGAGGAACCUUAACUUUUGUAGAGGACACCCAAAUAUUCGAGUCUGUCUUCAAAAUGACAAGAAAAACCUUUAGCUACAUCUGCAGCUUGGUGAUGGGGCCGUCAAUGGAAGAUAUGAACAGCUGCACCUUUAUUGACGGGAGGGUGUUGUCUUUACAAGAUCGAGUAGUAGUUGCUUUGAGAAGGUUGCAAUGUACUGAGCCAACAGAGACCAUAGCAUCCUCUCUUGGUGUGAGCGAGUCAACAGUCUUGUUGGUAACUGAGAGGUUUGCUGCUGCUGUGUGGCAGGAAGCAGAUCACCACUUCCGCUGGCCAGACUCCAGACAAAUGGAUAAGAUCAAAUCCAUGUUUGACAAGAUCCACAAUAUGCGUAACUGUUGCGGUGUUAUAUGUACAAUUGACACUACAUUUGGACCAAACUACGACCAUGAGAAGAUUGAGAGCCCUCAGAUGCAAGUCAUCGUUGAUCCAGAGAUGAGGUUCAGGAACAUUUGGUUUGGAUCGACAAGUAGACUAAACCGCUUAACCAGAUUGUACGACUCUGAUCUCUUCAAGGAGUGCGAGAAGGGCAGUUUGCUGAAUGGCAGCAAGCUGAAAGUAGCAUUAGAUGGACCAGAAGUCGGGGAAUACAUAAUUGGUGAUGCAGGAUAUCCUCUUCUCCCCUGGCUACUCACACCUUACCAUGAAGACUAUCACUCAGAUUACAAGGCGGAAUUCAAUAGGAGACACUCCUCAGCCACAACCUGUGCUAUGAAGGCAGUCGCAAGGCUCAAAGACACAUGGAAGUACCUGCAGGGAGAGAUGCCGAGCCCCGUUAAUAUACGUGAGACAAUCUAUACCUGCUGCGUGUUGCAUAACAUAAUCAUAGAAAUGGAGGAUGAUGCAGCCAUUUUGAGUGCCAAGCAAAAGAGGAAUUGCUGUGAGGAAGUGCGCCAGUUAGCAAAUGAGGAUGCUGUCAAGGCGAGGGAUAUUCUGUCGCAACACUUCCUGGCCAGCAGGUCAUCUGAAUCGGGAGAGGAUGAUGAUGAAGCCAUGUUGUGGCCCAAGUACUGGAAUUAUUGUGACGAAUUGGAGUUAGCAAACAAGGAUGCUGUUUAGGCAACAGAUAUGCUGUCGCAACACUUAUUGGCCAGCAUGUCAUCCAAACCGGGAGAUGAUGAAGCAGCUUCAUCAGGCUCAGGGGGUGAAAACAACAAACAAUAAGCGCAGACAAGAGCAGCAGAUGAAGAGAUCAUAAACUAGGCUCAGGGGAUGAAAACAAUAAACAAGAAAAGCAGAUGAAGAGAUCAUUAACUAGUUACCACUGCAAUGUGUCAACUGAGACUAUUUAUUGGUGAUUGCCUUAACUGAGACUAUGCAUGGAAAUGAAAAUUAUCGAUAUAUUAAACCCUGGCGCAUGGUCAGGUGGAAGGGAGGACUUUACCUGCUGGUUGGAGCUUUUGGAUGCAUGAAUGAAUACAUAGAAGCCCCAACAAUGGAGGCAGCGACUACUUUGAUGCUCAACAUGAAUUCAAGUUGAACAUUUUUCUUAUGUUUCAUCAUCUAUCCAUUAGGAAAAGACAAAUAUCAUGUAUUCUGUACUUGGGCAAUAAGCUUUUAUGUGUCGAAAAGAUGACAACAAUGUCACGCAGAUGCAUAGACACUGACUGUCUCUAGUCUCCAUCCAUCAGCAAGUUGGUGCAAACUGAAGAAUUUGCAAACAUAAUGGGAGGUAGUCCUCUGUGUCUUUAUGACAAAUGUAUGUUUGGAGCUGUAAUCCUAAUCAAUGGAACUCUGGUAGUAGUAAACGGGAGUCUUUAUUUC